AUGGAAAAUUGCUUACUCCCCUUUUUUUUGCUCACGGAGAUUGAUUAAUUUUUUUUAAAAAUUUUAUAGAAAAAAAUUAAAAAUAUAUCAACUUCUAAAAAUUGAUAAGUGAAAUUAAUUUAAUUUGCGAAGUUUAUGUUUAAAAUGCAAGCUGAUUUAUUGAAAUAAAAUUAGCUAGGGAUUUCAUUAUAAUAAUUAUCACUUAUAAAUCAAUUUUUUUUCAUAAAAAAUUUUAUAUUAAAAUAAUUUUUGUUUGCUCAUAGAGGGUGGGUUUUGAGAAAAAAAUAGAGAUUUUUCCAAUUUUGUUCGCAAACGGAGGGGUAGCUCUCCAUUUAGAACAGCAAUACCAUUGAAAAAUCCUUAUCAUUGGUAAUUAGCUCUUUUAGAGAGAAUAAAAAAUUUUAUAUAUAAUUAUUAAUUUCUAUAGUUAAUUAAUUAAAUUAAACGUUACUAGGAUAAAUUUAAUAAUUAAAUUAAAAUCUGCUUUUAAAAUAUUUACAGAUUUGAAUUUUUAAAAUAUUUAUAUAAAUUUUAAUAUAAAUUUUUUUAAAAAAAAACCCUUUAAGAUCGAAAAAAAAUGCUUGCUCUUAAAGAGAGGUAGAUGAUUUUAUGUAUCAGUUUUAUAAUACAAUUGAAGGAUCUUUAAUCAAAUACCUACGAAGCUAUGGCCAAGCCACCUUGGAUGAGUUAAUUGAUCACGUCUUGAACAAUAAAAACCUUAGGACAAAAUACUCAAAAAAGUACAGAAACAGGAACAUUGAAAAGCUAACCCUAUCCAAAAUCAUAUCUAAAGAUCAUAUUUUCAUUGAAAAUCAGUAUGGGAUUUGGACGCUUGAUGUAAUUAUUAUUCAGGAAAGUUUUGCAUCUGAAUAUGAAAUUAAAAAAGUUACUGAAAUCAAAGAAAUAAAAGAAAAAGGACUUCAAUCAAGAGUGGAGAAGUAUAGAAAGGAUAAAAGCAAGCUAAGAGACCAAGAAAAUUUUACAAUAUUUAAUAGGAUUAUAGAUGAAGGUAUUUUUAACAAACUUGAGCAAGUUGAAGAAAUUUUACAGUCAUCAAAUGAAAAUGCUCAGAAUCAAAUUUACGAUAUCUUUGAGUCUUUAUUAGCUCAUAAUAAAAAAUAUAACACCUAA